ACUGUCCAUUGACUAUCGUGAGUGAAUGGAGGGCUGGUCAUCUGUUAGAGUAUCAGAUUAUUAUAAGUAGCCACCCCGGGGCACUAUUCAAAUCUUUACUUCACAUUUUUUACGUUUGGCAGACAUUGAGCCAUCCCUUUCUUUCAUUCUUGGUAUCACCUGGUUACUAUUCUUGCAUUGCAUCGAAAUGGCUCUGUCCAUCGAGUCCAUCUUGCAACUCAUCAGUAUCCUCUUGGCUCUGCCGCAGACAAUUCAAGCCAUCCGCGAACCGAUGACCCAUUUGUUUCAACGAGCUACGAGAAGAGACGAGACUGAUCUCCCCACCUCCACUCCACGUCCCGAACCGUCCAAUGCACCAUGGACAGCCCCCCAGGAACCCAGUGCCGAUGCGGAUCGAACCUUUCGUUACAGUGUGUGAUAUCACUAGGUAUUGGGUCUAGGGUUGUUUCUCUUCUUGGAUAUGAUGAGAAUACGAUCUCCUGAAAGAUCAAACAACAGCAGACACUUUUGGUCGAGUUGGUUAUUCAGCGUGUAUUGGAUUAGCGUGCAUUGGAUUAGCGUGCAUUGGACUUGGGUAAAUAUGAUAAAAAAUGGUAUGGGACAUGGGGGAUGGGACAUGAUUAAGGAUAUUGGAGGUAUUAUAUAAGAUCGGAUAAUUUUUGGGAUCAAUGCACUGGGCACAGGAUAGGUAUAUAGUAAUGUGUGAUAUAAUAGCAUAGUCAGGACUCGAUGUCUAGGUUUGGUUUCAUGAAUCAAUAAUAUCCCAAAGAGGAC